UGAGUAUCUCCCAGUAUUACGGAUUCUCCGUCCCCCUCUCUCCUUUGUAAUCCAUUCGGAAUGAUAGGUUCUCUUAAUUUAAAGACAUUGCGCUGGUCAGCUUUGGCUGCCGGUUUAGGCAUAGGUUGGUUUGAGUAUCGAAGCCAUGUCAAGAAUGAAAAGCAGCAUGCAAUUGAGCAUAAAUAUCAUCAACAACAAGUUUUAAUCGAGGAUGCUAAGGCAGCUUAUGCCCGUAGCAAGGAGCCCUUGCAACCUCCAACAGAGAGUCCGUCAUUGACUUUGGAUGCAGACAACUUGGAAGCCUAUUUAGCUCGACUUGAAAAAGGCGCUUAAAUGGACGUAAACUUUUGGAAGAAGGAAAUAGUAACUCAUACAAAAGUCCGUCAAGCAGACAGUAGUGCCAUGACUGAAUCAAUUUCACUUUUGUAAAUGUCAUCAUAUCUCUUCAAAAGAGAAAGAAACUACAAAGUCAAAACAUGUUUCACAAAAGAUGCGGUUUUUAAAAAACAAACCCAAUAACCAUUUUCAUGUUGAAACCUUUAUUUAUUAUUAGUAACUGUAUUAAGAGUCCAC